AUGAACCACGACGAUCACAACUAUAUACGAAGGCAGCGCGCGAGAUGGGCGAUAUUGCCGAUAAUAGCAAUUGUUAUCUUCGCUGUCGACGCGUCCAGUCUCGGGCGUCAAACGAAAGAGGCUCCUAAUGUCAGUGAGAGUGUUCAACAAGCGGAUAAGUUGAGAAACGAACAAAAGGAAUCGAAGGAUAUCCAGGAACAGAUCACUUACGACGGCGAUCAAGUCUGGAGGGUCUACAAGAAUAACAGUUCCUUCGAUGAAUUGGUGAAACGUUACGACGAACACGGUUCAUACUCGAUAUGGGCGAACAACGCGUCGAUCACCGACAUUUUCGUGGAAAAUCACAUGCUUCGAAAUGUGAGAUCUAUAUUUAAGAACCUCGGAUUGAGACACGAAGUUUUGAUCGACGAUUUGCAACAGGCAAUCAAUGAGGAGAAUUCUCCCCUUUCGCCGGAAGCGGAAGAGGAACUCGAAGGACGCAAAGGUCAUCGCAUGGAAUGGACUAGCUAUCAUCGUUUGAUUGACAUUCACGGCUAUCUUGAUUACCUCGCGGAAACGUUUCCCGAAGUUUGUUCUGUAAGGACCAUCGGCGAAUCAAUCGAAGGCCGUCCUCUUAAGGUUCUGAGAAUUAGCAACGGCAAGCCGAAUGCGCCAGCUCUGUGGAUCGACGGUGGCAUCCACGCUCGUGAAUGGAUUUCGCCAGCGGCUGUAACAUACGUUAUCGAUUAUCUCGUCGAGAACAGCGAGAAACUCGAGACGGAUUAUUAUAUUUUGCCCGUUGUCAAUCCGGACGGGUACGAAUACAGCUUCAACUCCGAGCGUUUGUGGAGGAAAAAUAGAAGGAAGGCCAGCAACGUUGGCUGCUCAGGCGUGGACUUGAAUCGCAACUUCGGUUAUCGCUGGGGCGGAAAGGGAACGAGCCAGAACGUUUGUCACGAUACGUACUCGGGUACAGGACCAUUUUCCGAGCCGGAGACCGGUGCUAUUCGAAACUUCUUUCAGACCAGCGCGGCAAAUUUCAAGGCAUAUUUGUCAUUCCAUUCAUACGGGCAGUACAUUCUGUAUCCUUGGGGAUAUGACAAACGUGUGCCGCCAGAUUACCUCGAUCUCGACAGGGUUGGUCGUGCGGCAGCGGCUGCCAUGAAGACGGCAGGAGGUGCGGGCAGUGUUUAUACCGUUGGAAAUAGUGCGACAACGCUUUAUGCAGCAGCUGGCGGUUCCGACGAUUGGGCGAAGGCAUUGCUUAAGAUCAAAUACACUUACACGUUCGAACUGAGAGACACCGGCAGAUACGGAUUUAUUCUUCCAGCUCGUUUCAUAAUUCCUACGGCGAAGGAAGCGCUUGCCGCGGUAGAAGUAGUUACGGAAGCCUGCAAGAAGGAGUGAUUGUUAGAUUGUAUGUGUAAAAUUGAUUAGAGAAAUUUGAAUAGAAUCUCUUCGAAUCGAAAUUGUUGUUCUAUUUUAUAGAGUAUGCUUGGAAAACUUAAAGAUAAGGAUACUUAGUUAUUAAUAUCCGGAUUAUUUUGUGAUUUUCUUGUUAUAAAUGUAUCUCUAAUUGCAAAUAAUUAAUUGCAUGUAUGAAAAUUCUUAGUAUUUUUAUGGUACUUAAAUAUCUGUUAGGAAAUAUAUAUCGCAAAUAUUGUGUAUUAAAUAUUUUGUAAAGAUUUAUAAAUCGCAUAAAUUUUA